AUGUUGGUGCCGGUGUUUUCGGUGAUAGCUGGGGAGUUGACUGUGAUACUGCUUCUGCUAUUCAAGACGCCGCUGAGGCAGGUGGUGAUCAUGAGCUUGGAUCGGCUGAAGCAGGGUCGGGGCCCCGUCGUCGUUAAGACUGUGGACGGCACACUCUUCGUGCUCUUUGCUUCCAGCCUCUAUAACGUCGUCUCCAUCCACCAGCGCAGCGUUAGCGACUCUACCGCCGUCAACCCCACCGAUCAGUUCCUUAUGUAUAAGCAUUUGCUCGAAGCUUCUGCCAUCGGGUUUGCACUGUGCCUCUCUCUGAUGAUUGAUAGAUUCCACAAUUACAUAAGAGAGCUUCGGACGCUGAGGAACAGCAUGGAGGCGGCUAAGAAGCAAAUUCGAAGUGUCCAGGAUGGUAAAAACGUGAGUACUGAAGAGGAAAAACCAUUGGUUGAAGAGGUAGCCGUAUUGAGGCCCAAAGUUAAGCAGCUGGAAUCUGAAUGUGAGGUGAAAGAUGGCAAGGCUAAGGCUUUGGAAGUUGAAGUAGAGUCUCUUAAGAAGCAAUCUGAGGGAUUACUCGUGGAAUACAAUAAACUCUUGGCAGACAAUCAGAAUCUCCGGUCUCAGCUGGAGGCCUGA